AUGGGCUGGGUUCACAAUGCCACCCCGGAGGUGAACGCACAGUCGAAUUAUCCCAUGAUCCUGGGGGUAUGUUUCUCUCUCACUGGGGCAAUGAUGGUCGUCGUGUGUCUACGUCUCUGGAUUCGGUUUCGAUCUCGUCGUAUGGCCGCCGAUGACUAUGUGAUGAUCGUCACGAUGUUAUUUAGUAUCAUCUAUAACUGUCUCUGCGUGGCUCAAAGUCGGUAUGGCUUAGGGCUUCCGCUGGUUCUUCGGCCCAAUGCCAAUCUGGGAUACUACAUGAAGUUGAAUUUCGCUGGUCGACCGUUCUAUCAGAUGGGCAUCGCUGGAUUCAAGGCGGCGCUAUGCCUCAGUUAUCUGCGCCUCUUGUCAGGAACGUCGAAGAAAGUAUAUCGGACCGUGAUAUGGGCUGUGUUGAUUAUUUCCACGUUGGGACACUUGGCUGCGACGCUGGUUCUCAUUUUCAACUGCCGUCCGGUCCAAAAAUCGUGGAACCCGACCACCGAAGGCACAUGUCUUCCCUUCGGAGCCACCAACUACGCUCUCGUGGCGUGGACAAUACUCUGCGACGUGGUCAUCAUCUUCCUGCCCAUUCCACUCCUGCUCGAACUAAACGUCAAGCCGGCGCAGAAGGCGGGUCUGCUGUGUCUGUUCCUUCUCGGGCUGUUCACCACCGUCUGUUCCAUUCUCCGGCUCACUCAGAUCAGCGUGAUUGCCUACGGGGAUGGUAAUUCCACAAUGCUCGUGCUCUGGGGCACGAUCGAGUUCAAUGUCGGCAAUAUUAUUACGUGCUUGCCUUUUCUCGGUCCUCUGCUAAAAGGAUUCGUCAGCGAUUUCCAAUCUCGAAGUGCUUCCAAAGGAAAAUACCGCACCGACUCGCACUACGUCCUGCAGUCCUACUCGAAGGAUGACCGGCUGCACGGUACCAAUGUCUCCAACAUCUCUCAAAUCGCGUCCUCGAAACCGAAACGGACUCCGAGCGAGGAAUUGAUCCUCGACAAUGGCAGCGAUUCCGAGCUCACUGCCAACAACGGCGCCAUCAAAAUGACGGUGGAAUAUCGUGUCUCCGUCGAUCGAGAGGAGAGCCGGUGAAGACAGGAAAGCACGACGCUUGGUACAGUUAAUUUCAUACAGUUUAAUUUGGUUAAAGCCCUAGUCCGGUAGACUAGGAGGCACUUCUUGAAGAGGGAUAAUUCCAUA